UUCACAACGCCAUUUUCAGUUCACUGUCGUGCUGCUGCAGUCUGUCGCGAGCAUUGUGUUCCGCACAUUACUUGUUCCUUGUGUCAUUAAACGAAUGGAGAUUUUGUGUGUAACGUGCGGUGCUUCUACCAAUAAAUAUAAGUGUCCAAAAUGUUUAGAAGCAUAUUGCUCGCUUCCCUGUUACAAAGAACACCAAAAAGUACUAUGUCAGCGAUCUCAAAAAACAGAUGAUAAAUUCGUUGAAGACAUACGGCAUAAGGAACCCACUCUGCAUGAACCUUUCAGUACUGAAGACACUGUACCACGUAAUAAACUGGAACUUUUAAAGGACUGUAAGCCAUUAGAGAACUUGCUUCAUAAUUUACACCUGCGAAAAUUACUUUCUGAAAUAGAUGUUGCUCCUAAUGCUUGGAAAGCUAUGAAAGCAGCAAUGCAAGAACCACUUUUUUUAGAAUUCGCUGAUGAAUGCUUGAAAAUUGUUGAACCACACAAUGCACUUGAUUAAGAAAUAUAUUACCUUUUACUUACAUUAAAGAUGUACUUAAUUUAACAAUUUUUUUAGAUUUAUUCAUUAUAAGUCAUCAUAAUUCCGAA